AUGAAAAAGUCAAAUACUAUAUAAUAUAAAGGAUUUUAGAAUUUCGAAACAAUAUCUCCAGCAACAAAAUUAUUGGAAAAAAGAAGACAAAUGUAUGAAAUAAACGAAGCUUUUGAUAAACAGAAAGAUGAAUUUAAAGAAAAUUUAAUUCAAGAAAAAGAAGAAGAUUUAAGAGAAUAAGAUUUAAAUAUAUAAGCUGAAUUGAUUAAUUUUUGUAAAUUUUUAUAAGAUAAUGAGGCUAAAAAGAACCGUGCUGAGAAGCGAUUAUAAGAUGAAUUAAAACAAAAAGAAUAAAAAGAAAAAGAAAUAAAAGAACUUUAAAUAUAAUAAACUAAUUUACAAAAAUAAUUAUAAGAAUUAGAAUAAAAAGUUCAAUCUUUAAAAAAAUAUGAAGAUUACUUAGAAAGUGUUAUGAAAGCUCAUGGGGAUAAAUAUCCAGAUAUGAACGAAAUAACAGGAAGAUAUAAAAAAUUAAAUUCCUCAAAUCAAGCUUUUUUAGAUGAUAAUAAAAAAUUGGAAGAGUUAUAAGAAUAAACAAAGCAUGAAGCAAUGUAGUUUUAUAAAGAAAAAAACUAAGAAAUUCUUUAAUAUAAUAAUGAUAUUAAAGAUUUAGCUAAAAAAUUAGAAGAAAAAAAUAAUGAAAAAAUGUAACUUUUAAGUGUUGUGGAAGAAUCUAAUAAAAAAUCUUGUGCAAAAAAUUUAAAUUUAGCAAGAACUUUAAUGGCUAUUGAUAAUAUUUAUAAUAGAUGUGUUGAAGGAAUGGUAAAAAUCAAAUAAAAUUAUGAAGAUACCUAAAGAUAGGUUAAUGAAAAAGGGCAAAUAAACAAAGAAAAAAAAAUCCUGAAAAAAAAAUGA